AUGGGAGAUGAAGGCGGUGGCGGCGACGGCGGAGGCGGCGGCGGAGGCAGGGAGGCGAUGUUGCCGAGCAACAAGGUCAAGCUCCUGUGCAGCCACGGCGGGAAGAUCCUGCCGCGGCCCGGCGACGGGCACCUCAAGUACGUGGGCGGCGAGACCCGGGUCAUCUCCAUCUCUCGCGACGCGUCUUUCUCCGAUUUGAUGAAGAAGCUGAGUGCCCAGAUCGAUGCGGACGUGGUCCUUAAGUACCAGGUGGCGCCGGAGGAUCUCGACGCGCUGGUGUCGGUGCGAUCGGACGAGGAUCUCAGGCACAUGCUCGACGAGUACGACCGCCACGAGAGCGGCGGGAACCCGAGGCUCCGGGCCUUCCUGUUCCCCGCCAAUCCGACCGUGGUCGAGAACCAGACGGCCGCCCUGGAGCCGCAGGCACCGGAGCAGUGCUACGUCGACGCCAUCAACGGCAUCGUCCUGACCAUGCCCAACCUGAGGAUGGCCCCUCUCCAAGUGAACCGUGCCGUGUUCAGCAUAUCCUCCGCCUGCUCCUUGCCGAAAUCGCCGUCUCCGGACAGCGGCCGCUCGACCAAAAAUGAUGAUAAUUCAAUCCAAGAAUUCAUAAUCGACGUCAGAGGACCGUCGGCUCGUGGUCCCCAGCUCCACCUUGAGCCGCCAUCCACUGCCGAAGCUUGGUGGGUCGCAAAUAUUGCGGAUUUUCUCAUUUGCGUGGUAUUCGGCCCGGUUGCCUAUAUCGUCGUGGCAAAGUGCCUCCGCGGGCUUGUGCCUCUCCUCUCCCUCUCCACCACCUAA